CAAAAUGGAUAAUAAAGAAAACAUUUUUGGCAGUAAUGGUGGUAUAAAUCACAAUAAUACCACAGGUAAUAGUAAUUGUUUUCAAAUGUUUCAUGAAAGUGGCGAAUCUAGUGAUAAUCUUGACAAAACAAUACCAGUAAGAAGUCGUAAUGGUUCAAUGGGUAAUUGUCAGACACGUUACGAAAUAUCAUCAAAUAAUGGUGAUUGGGGUGACAUGACCUUUUGUAUGGCUGAUUAUUUGAAAGAAGCCAUGAAAAUGAUGUCGAUGAUGCAAACACAUAACAUGUUAACAGAUGUCAUAUUAGAAGUUGGUUCGAAAUUAUUUCACGCACAUAAAGUAGUAUUGGCCGCGGCAAGUCCAUAUUUUAAAGCAAUGUUUACAAGUGGUUUAAAAGAAUCUGAAAUGACUAGGGUGAAAUUACAAGAAGUCUCACCGACAGCUAUGGCUCGAUUAAUGACUUUCAUGUAUACAGGACAAAUACGUGUGACAGAAGUAACUGUAUGUCAAUUGUUGCCAGCAGCGGCUAUGUUCCAAGUGUCCAAUGUGAUUGAAGCAUGUUGUUCAUUUUUGGAACGUCAAUUGGAUCCAACAAAUGCAAUUGGUAUUGCAAAUUUUGCUGAACAAUAUGGAUGCUAUGACUUAAAACAGAAGGCCAAUCAAUUUAUUGAACGACAUUUUACGCAGAUUUGCCAAGAAGAAGAAUUUCUCCAAUUAAAUGCGAAACAACUAAUAUCAUUGAUUCGUAAAGAUGAAUUGAAUGUACAAGAAGAAAAAGAAGUUUACAACGCCGUAUUAAAAUGGGUCAAAUACGACGAAGACAACCGUUACCCAAUGAUGGAACAUAUAUUAUGUCAAGUUCGAUGCCAAUUUUUAACACCAAACUUUUUAAAAGAUCAAAUGAAAAAUUGUGAUGUUUUAAAAAAAGUUCCCGCAUGUCGUGAAUAUUUAGCACAAAUAUUUAAAGAUUUAACGCUACACAAGAGACCUAAAGUUAAAGAACGUAUACCAAAUACCCCCCGUAUUAUAUAUAUCGCGGGGGGCUACUUACGACAAUCGUUAGAUUUAGUUGAAGGUUAUAAUGUUGACGACAAAACAUGGAUUACGCUAGAUAAAUUAACAGUACCGAGAUCGGGUUUAGGUGGUGCAUUUUUAAAAGGUUAUUUUUAUUCGGUUGGUGGUCGGAAUAACAGUCGUGAAACAACGGAGGACUCUGAUUGGGUAGAUCGAUAUAAUCCGUUAAAAGAUGAAUGGCGACCUUGUAGCCCGAUGUCAGUUGCACGGAAUCGUGUCGGUGUGGCAGUGAUGGAUGGUUUAUUAUAUGCAGUGGGUGGUAGUUCCGGUUCUGAGUAUCAUGAUAGUGUCGAAUGUUAUGAUCCAGACGUAGAUCGUUGGACUAAUGUGAAAUCAAUGCAUGUGAAACGUUUAGGUGUUGGGGUUGCUGUAGUAAAUCGCAUAUUAUAUGCAAUCGGUGGUUUUGAUGGGGUACAACGACUAAACUCUGCUGAAUGUUAUCAUCCGGAGAAUGAUGAAUGGACAAUGAUAUCACCAAUGCAAACAUUGCGCAGUGGAGCAGGAGUGGCAGCUAUUAAUCAAUAUAUUUAUGUUGUGGGAGGCUAUGAUGGUGUACGACAACUGAAUACUGUGGAACGUUAUGAUACCGAAAAUGAUAGAUGGGAAUUUGUGGCUAGUAUUAGAGUUGCACGUAGUGCGUUAAGUUUGACAGUAUUAGAUGGGAAAUUAUAUGCAACGGGUGGCUUUGAUAGUCAAAAUUUUUUAUCAUUAGUUGAAGUGUACGACCCAGCAAAGAAUGAAUGGGAAGAAGGUGUACCCCUAACAUCAGGACGAUCCGGGCAUGCGAGUGCUGUAAGUUAUUAGCAUCAAUGUUAUCGGCAUUGUGAUCAUCCCCAUGAUGAACAUCACGAUUUACACAAUUAUAAUACUAGCAAUAAUUCAUCAAGCACGACUACUAGUACUUGUACUAAUAAUAUUGAUGGAAGUGGAAGAAUCUCUUGGCGAUAACGUAAGACGAACAAAUGUAUAGACCACAAUUUUCAAGGUGUGAUAUUUAUUUAGGACUUAUUAACAAAUUAUUUUUCCUUGUCCCCCAAUCCAAAUCCCUCUUCCCAUAUAUUAUAAAGAAAAUCAUCCAUUCGAGUUUAUGUAGUUUUUAAAAUAAG